AUGGAUAGCAGUAGCAGCGUCCUGUGGUGGGUCCCCGCCCGCGCCGCCACGCUCCAGCUCUGCGUGCUGCCCAACUGCCUCAUCUUCCAGCUGUACCACGCCCCCCGCCGUGCUCUCCUGCUUCCUCGUCGACCCCGACGUGAUCCUGGUGGGGCUGUGGAACCACAGCGACGCGGCGAUGCUGAUGCGCUCGAGGUGGGGGAGCUUGUGGAUGUGCGGGAGCCGGCGCACGAGCUGAGAGGGUGCCGGCUGGGGGCGUCGAUGGGGGAGCUGGCGGAUGAGGUUUUGGGGAUUUACAGGAUGGGGAAGGAUAAUGCUGUGGGAAGGAGCGACUGGGAGGAUGAGGAUCUCACGUGGGAGCAGGUCGAGUAUGCGUGCCAUGAUGUGUUUCUUUCUUAUUUGAUCACUAUAAUCAUGGAUUAA